AUGACCAUAAAGUUCCUCCUGCUGGUCAACAAGCAGGGGCAGACACGCCUGGCCAAGUACUUCACAGAGCACCUGAGCGUAGAGGAGAAGCGGGCGCUGGAGGCGGAGAUCGUGCGGAAAUGCCUGGCGCGCACAGACAAGCAGUGCUCGUUCUUUGAGCACCGCGCCUACAAGGUGGUGUACCGCCGCUACGCCAGCCUCUUCUUCAUGGUCGGCGUGGACUCAGAAGAGCUCGCAUCAUCACCUGCGAGCAGCAUUGACACGCCAGGAAACCAGCAGCAGCCGCAGCAGCAGCCGCAGCAGCAGCCGCAGCAGCAGCAGCAGCAGCAGCAGCAGCAGCAGCAGCCGCCGGGCUCUGGCGCUUCCCCGACCCCGAAAUCAGCCCACCGAUCCAUCCCCCUUGCAUCUGUUCACGCCAUCACUUUGUCGACACAAUGGCACACACACUCUGUCCAGAACGAGCUGGAGAUGCUGGAGUUCAUCCAUUGCUUCGUGGAGGUGCUGGACAAGCACUUUGGCCAGGUCUGCGAGCUCGACAUCAUGGCAGACCCCGACGUGCGCAUCGUCGCGUACGGUAUCGCGGCAUCGUGCGCGGCGCUCGCCGCCCUCAACACCGUCGCCGCCGCCGCCAGCAGCGGCGGCAGCAGCAGCAGCAGCCACGAUCAGCACUUGCUGCCGUCGGGGGCCCUCACAUAG